UGAAAAUGUACUUUUCUGCGAUGUACACACACAAUGUGGCCUAAAUGAAUUUCUGCAAGCUGAAUGGGUUGGGCGCCUCGCAGAACGCCAACGAGCACUAAUUCUGCAGCUUGCAUUUCAGCCCCCAAACAACCUCGACUACCGACCCCACCAUAGCCCUGCGUGAAGUUUGCAGUUCACAGGACUUUUCAGCCCGGCAAUGAACGGCAGAUUCCAAGUUGUAGAAGGAGAGGUGAAUUUAUUAUAUUUGACACCAUCAUAGGAGCUGAACAACAGCAUAACAAAACCUUAUCACCAAGAAAGUAUUCAUUUGUAUUUUUCUGCAGGCACGCAUCCCUCUUACACAACGAAGUAUGGCAGAUAGCGACCCUUACGAGGAUGAUCUGGGAGAAUCUGGUGAACUGGCGGCGGAAGACCUGUUCUCUGUGGACAUGUCCUUGGAUCCAGAAGGCGACGAGAGUGGAUAUCACAUAACGAACGAUAAGGACGAUCCCUUCCAAAGACAACACAUCACAGAGCGGAAAGGCCGAGUCGACGUUCGUUGCGACCUAAAGGACGUUGCCCAUGGGUACUUCUCAGCGGAUAACGAUGAUCUGUGUACUCUGAUUGUGAUUGAGUUCCGAUUCGAACCAAAUGGUCUUGCCAACCGCAUCAGACAAGCCAACAUUGAUAUCACAUUCAGCGCCAUCGAGAAGGGAAACAGAGAUCCAGAGGUCAUCGAAAUGCACCCAAAUGGUAGCUUUGGCAUCGAGCCCACGCAAGCUUCAGUGUCGACCACGAAAGGCGGGGGUCUGAACCUUGGUGCUGGAGCAGGUCCUGUCAAUCUUGGUGGCGAUCUGAAGCUGGAAAGAACCGUGGAACGACAGCGACCUGAUAUGGCCCGUCUUAGAGGCUCAAUCGACUUACCGCGAUCGAGGAACAAUGGCGUCAAGAGUGCUGUCUCGUGGGGCCUGACCGAGAAUGCGACAGAUGAGACUGGUAUCAUCUCUCUUUUGCGGGCUUCCAUCUUACUGAAGCGACGGGACAUGGCGCAUUUCAAAGCCAAGGUGAACAUCAAAGUUAAGGCGGACUUGCAAAGCCAGUUUGGUGCGUUCUUUAAAAGCGUGCCUAAAGAUGAUGAUGUUUUGUUCAAUCCAGAACGCGAUCCGACAAAUAAACUUCAGAAAUACGAUAUCGAGAACCUCGGCCUAAUCGACCUAAAGUCGUUGUCGGACGUUACCUAUCAAACAUUCCUGAAAGGUACUGUUAAGGAGCAAUAGUUGCUAGAAUACAAAUAAUAAAGUCGUCCUCCA